GAAAAGGAUGACCACUACAUUAUUCUUUUUUUUGUGCUUGUGUUCAGUGAUUAGCCACAAUGUUGAUGGUAUUCAAGAUACCUUGAAGGAAGAUUUGGAGUAUGAGACAAAACCAAACCUCAUUAAUAAGACUCCAAUCAAGACUAUUUAUACAAAAUUUGGAGAUAUUAUUGAUUGCGUUGACAUUUACAAACAGCCAGCCUUGGAUCAUCCUUUACUAAAAAAUCACAAAUUGCAAAUAAAACCCAACUUUGAAAAUUUAAUUGAAAAAACAUUUGUGAAUAAUUCACAAAUUGGAUCCAUGUUUGGGCUUGAUGGGGAAGAAUGUCCACCAGGAACAGUUCCUAUACAUAGAGUGAGAUCUGUUCUCUCUGAAGAAAAAAUAUUAAAGAAUCAUAUACUGAGUAAAAACUUACCUGGUCUUCAGCAUGCAGAAACAUAUAUUACAAGAAAGUAUGGUCCUUUUUAUAAAGUUAGUGGAACAACUAGCAUUUAUAAUCCAAAAGUUGAAAAAGGUCAAGUCUCUAUGGUUCAUAUAUGGGUUGAAAAUGGACAUGUAAAGUCUUCCAACAGAAUAAUUGCUGGAUGGCAUAUCAUUCCAAAAUUAUACGGUGAUGCAAGAACCCAUUUUUAUACAGGAUGGACGUCAGAUGAUUUCCAGAAGACAGGAUGCUACAAUACCAAAUGUCGAGGUUUUGUUCAAGUUGACACUAAGAAUUUUCCUGGAAAAUAUUUCGCUGACAUAUCUAAGAUUGGUGGACCAACUUAUGAGACUUACAUGGCUAUUACUCAGGAUAAUCAGACAAAAAAUUGGUGGAUAAGUCUAGGAAAUGUAAGCGUUGGAUAUUACCCAGCUGCAUUAUUCUCAAACUUAGGGUCAGCAUCCAUUGUAGGGUGGGGUGGGAGAACGAGAGCUAAUACUGGUGGUAUUAGUCCUCCAAUGGGAUCUGGGCAUUUUCCUGAUGGAAACAAGGCCCGUGAAUGUUAUUUUAGUUCUCCCAAGGUUCAAGAUGCAUCAAGAAAAGAUUAUACACCAGCCUCUAAGAAGACUAAAAUCCGAACUGACAACACUUCUUGUUAUAGUAUUUAUUACUAUAAUAAACCUUUGGGAGUAAUUUUUGAUGAAGGUAUUAUCCACUUUGGAGGACCUGGAGGCAUGUGUGGAAUUUAAUUUUCUUUAUAAUUAAACUUUAUAUGGGAUUUAUGAGUUUAAUAAUAAUCAUCUUUGUUUAAUAUAA